AUGAGAAACCACAUAAUGAUUACCAAGUUUGUAUUCUUAGGUAUAUCAGACAACCUAAAAAUUCAAGCUGCCAUUUUUAUCUUUUUAUUUAUAGCUUACAUAUUAAGUAUCACUGGAAACCUGACCACCAUCAUUCUCACCUUGUUAGGUAAAAAAUUAAAGACUCCCAUGUACUUCUUCCUCCGGAAUUUCUCCUUCUUGGAAAUUACAUUCACCAGUGUUUCCUUCCCAAGAUUUUUGUGUUCAGUAAUGAUUAAAGUCAAGACCAUUUCCUAUAACAACUGUUUAACUCAAUUAUUUUUGGUUAUCUCCCUGGGUGUGUCUGAAUUUUAUCUUCUAACUGCUAUGUCCUAUGAUCGCUAUGUGGCCAUCUGCAAGCCUCUGCACUACACAACCAUCAAGAAUAAGAAAAUCUGUCACCUUCUGGUCUUCAGUUCUCAUCUGUCUGGGUUUCUGACCGUUUUCCCAGUACUCAUGCUUAUCCUCAAGUUGGAUUUCUGUGCUUCCAAUGUCAUUGACCACUUCUCUUGUGACUACUUCCCCAUCUUACAGCUCUCAUGCUCAGACACAUGGCUUUUGGAGACACCUGUCUCUUACCUUGCCUUUGUCACUCUGCUCUUCACAUUGGUACUGAUGAUUUUUUCCUACAUACGCAUCCUUAACACCAUUCUGAGAAUCCCUUCUGCCACUCAGAGGAAAAAGGCUUUCUCCACCUGCUCCUCUCACAUGAUCGUCAUCUCCAUCUCUUACAGAAGCUGCAUAUUCAUUUACGUCAAGCCCUCCGCAAAUGAAAGAGAGUCAUUGACCAAAGGAGUUGUUAUUCUCAAUACUUCAAUUGCUCCCAUGUUGAAUCCUUUUAUCUGCAUGUUGAGGAAUCAGCAAAUAUAA